CUUCUCCUCAACUACAAUUCAAGUAUAUCCAUAAAAUGAAGCUCCCAAGUAUAUAUAAGGUAGGACCGCCGUGUCAGUGAAUGACAGUCGACUGCUUCUCAUAGCGGCAAGCGGAAAAAGAGCAUAAAGAUGUUACUGGGAACAUUGGCUUUGGUAGCUUUUUUGGCUCUUGAGGUCACCGCUGAUCAUGAAUGGUGGCAGACAAUGUCGCUAUAUCAGGUGUACCCGAGGAGUUAUCGAGAUAGCGAUGGUGACGGUAUAGGCGAUCUUGAUGGUCUGGCUGAUAAUUUGGUUCAUCUAAAAGACGCAAACAUCGAUGCAUUUUGGUUAUCUCCCUUCUAUCCAAGCCCUAUGGUUGACUUUGGGUAUGACAUCUCAAAUUUUGUCGAUGUAGACCCGAUUUUUGGUAAUCUGGCCGAUUUUGACAAACUCGUUUCCAAAGCUCACAAUUUGGACAUCAAGGUCGUUGUUGAUUUCGUACCGAAUCAUAGUUCUGAUAAACACGACUGGUUCCAGAAGAGUGUUAAAAAUAUUAAACCGUACAAUAACUAUUACAUUUGGAAAAACGGUACCCGUCAUCCCAAUGGAACUGUCACUCCACCAAAUAACUGGAUCAGCGUAUUCGGUGGUUCAGCAUGGGAGUGGAAUGACGAAAGACAGGCCUUUUAUUUUCAUCAGUUUGCCCCACAACAGCCUGAUCUCAAUUACUACAGUGAAGAACUUAUAGAGGAAAUGAAGAAUGCCUUGAGAUUUUGGUUGAAUAGGGGAGUCGAUGGGUUCAGAGUCGAUGCAAUGCCGCAUCUCUGCGAGGAUUCCAGAUUUCUCGAUGAGCCACUCAGUGGUUUGACCGAUGAUCCAAGCAACUUCGAUUACCUUCAACACAUUUACGUAAAAGAUCAGGCAAGAUCGUACGAAAUUGUCAAAGGUUGGAGAACAGUACUUGAAGAGUACAAACAAGAAGAUGGGAAGUCCAGAGUCAUGAUGAUCGAGGCAUAUACAGAUACAGAGCACACUAUGAAAUUUUAUGAAGCUGGUGCAGAUUUCCCUUUCAAUUUUUGGUUGAUUACCAUGGUGAACGAGAAUUCGUCAGCUGCUGAUUUCAAGAACGUUGUAGAUAGUUGGAUGUCAAAUAUGCCCAAAGGUUCAACCCCCAACUGGGUGGCAGGAAAUCACGAUAACAGAAGAAUAGCGACACGAUACGGCCCUCGACGAGCUCAAGCGAUAACAGCUAUGACUCUUCUUCUACCUGGCAUCGGGGUUACUUAUUACGGCGAUGAAAUCGGAAUGGUAGACACUUGGAUUUCGUGGGAGGAUACCCAAGAUCCCCAGGGAUGUGGUGCGGGGAAAAAAAAUUACGAGUCGUACACUCGAGAUCCGGAACGAUCACCGUUUCAAUGGAACAAUUCUACUUCAGCCGGGUUCUCUAGUAACGUAAGUACUUGGUUGCCUGUCAACGAUAAUUACUUAACCGUCAAUCUUGAGAAUGAGAAAGCCGCCGAUGACUCGUACUUCAAACUUUACAAAGACAUUUCAGCAUUAAGAAGAUUGCCAGCGAUUCGAGAGGGUAAUCUUAGUACUCGUCUUCUGAACAGCAAUGUUUUUGCAUUUUCCAGGGAAACGGCCGGUGAGAGAUCCGUCUACGUCGUUCUGAACUUUAGCUCCGAACCACAAAUCGUAGAUCUAACAGCUUUCGAUAAGAUAUCCUCUAAACUUGAAGUUUAUCGAGCAUCUUUGAGUUCCAGCGUGGUUCCCGGAGAUAACGUGAAUGUGUCUGGUGCCAAAAUUCCUGCGAACGGCGUCGUAAUUUACGUAGCUUCCGAAACGACGUAAUUGCUUGAAUAAAAAAAGAGUCUCCAGUUCUGCAUUAUUUCAAAACUAAAUGCUGAUCGUUCUUAAGGUGAGGAAUGACCGCCCCUUGACAAUGAUUUAUUCCCGAAAUACGAAUAUUUUGUUCAUCUAUGAGCUAGCGUUUACUCUAAGUAUAUUUCUAUUAUUCUUUCCUAUAGUAGUUCAGUAUAUUCGUUAAUAUGAUGCGUAUAAUGAUACGAUUGAAAUAUUCAAAUGAAAUAUAUGUUAUCGACUAUAACCAUUCUAUGUAUAUGUUCUUGUAAGCUCGAUUUGUAAGAAUGAAAUAUAUUCAUAUUAAAAAAACAUCAUAA